ACAGAACGUCGAUCCCACCAAUUGAAUUUGUCUAGCCACUUCUGACUUUUAACCUCGGAAACCGCCGCAAGAACAGUCGUAAACAUCAGCGAUGAUUAAUAGAUUGAUAAAAUCGAGUGGCGGGAUCGUAAAGAGAUAACCCAUGGAUCCAAGAAUCUCCAUCCCACACUGAAAUGGACCGAUGUCAAGACCCAGUCUACCUUCGCCUUCGUCGAAACUAUCUCAUAAUCUACCUACUAGCAGCCUUCGUAGACUGGCUGCAGGGCCCCUACCUCUACACCAUCUACUCGACCUCAAACUACACCAAAACCGACAUCUGCUUGUUCUACAUAAUAGGUUUCGCAAGCAGUGGAGUCUUCGGUGUUCUGGUAGGUCACUUCGCCGACAAAUUUGGCAGAAAAAAGAUGUGCAUCAUCUACUUCCUCUCGACCAUCCUCACAUGCUCCUGCACAAUCUCGAAGGAUCGAAAUGUUCUGAUGAUGGGGAGGGUCUUCGGAGGGGUCUCGACAUCAAUCCUCUGCUCGACCUUCGAGUCCUGGUACGUGGGGCAGCACCUCUCUCGUCAUCACCUCGAUAAAGAUCUGAUCAGCACAACGUUUGCCAAAGCAACAUUCUACAACGGAUUGACUGCAAUCUCCAGUGGUUUCCUGUCAUCUCUGCUAGUUGACACCUUUGGAUAUGGCCCAGCGACUCCAUUCGUCUUUUCCAUCCCCAUAUCCAUGCUCUCAGGGUGUCUCUGCGCUGUCCUCUGGGGGGAAAAUGUGGAGAUCAGUAAAUCCAAAUCAAUGGAUGUCUUCAGGGGCGUGAGGAUUAUCUUCUCGAGGGAAGGUAGGGCCUUGAUCUUCUUGGGGGUCGUGCAGAUCAUUUUUGAGACUGUCAUGUACGUAUUUGUGUUCCUGUGGACUCCUGUACUCGAACCCAUGGAUCCCAGCUUUGGUUUCAUCUUCGGGAUAUUCAUGAUAUGCAUCGGAAUUGGAAGCUUUCUGCACUCGUUCUUCCAGAGCUACUUCGGCGUGUCUGUGGAGAUUUUACUCUGCUGCAGUGUUCUCCUGGGACUGGGAAGCAUAGCCACUUGUGCUCUGGGGGUUCAUCUUCAGAAAGAUGAGUGGUUCUUGGCCUUUGGGACUUAUCUGUGUUUCAUUGGCUUCAUGUUCUUCGAAAUUGCAGUGGGACUGUACUUCCCAGCUGUGGGGUUCCUCAGAGGGGUUGUUGCUCCUGAGAGCCUCAGGGCUAGCAUCGUCAAUUGGAUAAGACUCCCCUGCAAUUUUCUCGUUGUGGCUGUUUUGUUUUAUAUUAAGAUUGGGGGCACUGAUAAUCAGAUGAUGUUUGUCAUUAGCACAAUAGGACUUGGUUUCACUGCCCUUUAUUCCUUCAAGUUUGUCAGAGUUUAUGAGAAGUCCGAGGGGGAGCAGCAAUGCUGCUGUACUUUGAGCCUUUGAUGUGUUCUUUUCAUUUUGAAAGACAAUAUCCUCCAUUGACAGAGUAACUUAAGAUCAAAGAAUUAUUUAUUUAGAUAUUUAUUCGCGAGGCAAUGGCACAAAGAUUCCGGAUCAAACGCACUGUUAAUAUUCCUGGUUGAAACAAAUUUUCUUCUAUAUACCUUCAUCUUAAGAUAUAAAUGAAACUAAUUUGGAUACUCACAUCCAAGGAAUUGUUACAUGGCCUUAUUAGAUUAAGGAAACUCCAAAAAUUGGUAUAGAUUUACGUGUAAUUUACCCAACGAUAUUUUGCAAUGAAUUUAUCAACGAUUUUUAUCGUGAAAAUAUAGAGAAAUAAAAAAUGUUCAUAUACGUGCUAUUGCUGUGAAAGUAUAUUGUUAAUGCAACACGGGCCUUACUAGACUAAGAAGACGAAUAGAAAAUAGAAAAAUAGAAAUAGUCCAAUGUCUUAAUUGUGCAACGACUUGUGGAUGAUUCUUCGAAUGAGCUUUACGCACAAUAAAUAAUUUGGGAACAACAAUCCUCUUUUGUUUUUAUUUAUGACAGUUUUUGUAAAAUGAAUGAUCAAGGCAUAAUGUGUGUCAUCAUCCUUCAUGGUUGAGUAGAAUGGAUGCUUGUUGUGACGUGCGUCAGAUGUGGAGUGGAUCGAGCGAAUACGAUGCUUAUCAUCAGUCAGAGAACUGCCCUUUGACGAAGGAUCAAAGCACCCACUGUCAAAGGUCCAGCUGCUUAUGGAGAUUCAGAAUCUUCACUGGGUGCUUGGCUGUCAUGUGCCUUGUUAUGAUUGCCUACCUGAUUUAUCUGCACUCGUUAUUGGGAAGUUACAAGGAUAUUCUCGAUCAUGGGGCAGUGGCAGCGGACAAUGUCAAUUGCUCGAGGGUGGGGACUGAUAUUCUCAAGGAUGGGGGCAAUGCUGUCGAUGCAGCGGUCGGUGCUAUGCUUUGCAUGACAGUUAUUGCUCCUUACAAGACGGGUUUAGGAGGGGGUGGAAUCGCUAUUGCCUACGACGCAGGCGAUGAGAGUGAGCCUUUGGUCGUCGAUUUUGCUACGAAUACCAUCUCAGGAGCCCUAGCAACAGCAAAAAUCAGAAUUCCCUCAGUCGCCCGAGGACUGGAAACACUCCACAAACUAAAAGGAAUUUUACCCUGGAGUAAAAUCGUCGAACCGGCUGAGAACCUCGCCAAGGAUGGAUUUGUCAUCACGGAACAAUUUUUCGAAGAAGUUUCUCGAGUAAAUGACCAUGGAACACUGUUCGGAUAUCUAGAGCCCGGGGAAAUUCUGACACAACCGCAUUUGGGGGAGACUUUGGAGGUGAUAAGAAGUCAUGGAUCGCAAAGUCUUUACAACGGAAGUCUGGCCGACAAAUUCAUGCGCGACGAGUUCCAUGAAGCUCAUGAGCACUUGCUCCCGGCAUUGGCAGAUUAUGAAGCCCUGCAAGGAAAAGCAAGGAAAUUCCACUUCUAUGAUCACACGAUUUACGGUCCGGAGCAUGGGAAUGUACUUCAGACUGUUUUAGAUAAAGUGCAGCACCUGGGGAUUUCUGCGGAGGAUGGUGCCUCUUUCGAGUCACAGCUGGAGGUGGCCAGAGCCCUGGUUGAAAUGAACGUUACGGACUAUCACAUUGAACAAGAGAGGUACACAACAGUCAUUGCAGUUGAUGCCAACCGGAAUUUCGUAUCGAUAGUAACAGGUUUAAGUGCUCCACUGGGUCUAGGACACAAAACAGGUGCUGGCUUCCUCCUGGACGGUCUGGGGGGAGUCUCUGAGAAUAAUCUCCAGGACCUUACUCCAAUAAUUUUUCACUCAACCAAAAGCCCAGUAGAAUAUUCGGGGGCUCUCGGUGUGGAUGACCCCAUCCUUGCCACGGAAAUCCUAUCCAAUAUAAUCCUCAGGAAGCUGAACCUCUCGAUCGCCAUCGAGACGCAGAGGUAUUAUCGACUUCCUGAAGGAAUCCUCAUGGAGCCCAGUGGGAAGUACCCCUUGGACGGCUCCUUGUCGAUAGAAAUAUCGAAUUUAAUCCCUGGAUCGAGCACCGACAUCGCGCAUUACGUGAAGAGCGUCAAUGCUGUUGUGAAACAGGGACAUUCGUUGAGCAGCCACUCUGAUAGCAGAGGAGGAGGUCUAGCCUCCAGAUACAAAUAAAUUUAAUGAUAUCACGCCUGGAGGAGAGUAAGAGGCAGUGGAGUCAUAGAAUUCAUAGUUUAAUUCUAUUGAACUUCAAUUGACCUUGGAAUAAAAAUAUUGAAUAAAAAAUAUUCUAUGGAAAAAAUCUUUGGAAUUUUUUACAAGAGGCUCAAUCAAGCUAGUGACUGCCUGCCCUGUCGUUUGAAAGAGCACGUCCCGCCGAAAGCGAUCCGCUGAAAAAUUGGCACGAGUCAAAAAAUAACUUGGCCCUCAAUUCUACCAACAUUCCCACGAUGCAACAGGAUUAUAUAUUGUUGAAUAGUGAUAUGGAACUUUGCACUUGUCUCACAAGGAUUUUCACAUCGAUAACUGACAAAUUUCCCCUCUGCUAUGCAAAACGACUGCUAAUGCACACCAUAAGUCUACGAGGGCUCCUUGGUGUAGGUGACAAUAAAAUAAUAACAGACCAAAUCAUCAGAUAAGAUUAUUCAACUCGAUU